AUGACCAAGCCAAUCACGAAGCCAAUUACGGUCUGGUUGACACCCCCCGGCCCGAACUCAUGGAAGGUUGUUAUGGUCCUGAAAGAACUGGGCGUGCCCUAUGAGCUUCACUCGUUUAGGUUCGAAGACGUGAAGAAGCCGCCGUUCACCGAUCUUAACCCCAAUGGGCGAGUUCCAGGUUCGUUAUCGCUGCCCUUCGGAGAACCCAAUAGCCAAGGACUAACUGGGAACCCGGGCGUUACCUUCCUUUUUUUUCUUGCAACAGCCAUUGUCGAUCCCAAUACCGGCUUGACCCUUUGGGAGUCCGGUGCCAUCCUGCAGUACCUUGAGGAGGUCUACGAUACCGAGCACAAGCUUACCUACACCUCGCUGAAGGAGAAACAUCUGUUGAACCAGUGGCUUCACUUUCAGAUGAGUGGACAAGGCCCUUACUUUGGACAAUGCGGAUGGUUCAACGUGCUCCACCCCGAGAAGCUGCCCUCCGCCAUUGAGCGGUAUGUCAACGAGGUGCACCGCAUUCUGCGGGUUCUGAACACCGCAUUAGAAGGCCGGACAUGGUUGGUCGGCGAUAAAUGCACGUUUGCCGACCUGGCCUUCUUGCCGUGGAAUACCCGAGUCAACAACACGCUCCUGACCCCGGAGGACGAGGACCCCCUGGCGCCGUAUCCCAAUGUGCAGGCGUGGCAGAAGCACAUGGAGUCCCGCGAGUCAUGGCAGGAGGCUAUGCAAGAAAGAGAAAAGCUCAUGGGUGAGCAAGGGUUAACGGUCAUCGGAAUGCCCAAGGGGGUGAAUAAUAUCAAGGAUUUUGAGGAGCAUAUCGCGAGAGAGUCUAAGGGGCAGUGA